GUCCGCAGGAUGGUGGCAGGGGAUCACGUUCAGGCGAAGGCGAAAGCGCACUUUGGCUGUGAGACUCUCGAGGGCAUGGAGUUGGAGGACGAAGGCGGCACUCGGGAAAAGGCGAUCCCUCACUGGAAGGGACGCCACGCGCGGGACGAGCUGAUGGCUCCCACAGUUGGUGCCGGCUACUACACGGCGCUGACGAUGGCGGUGUUUGCGGAUAUGGGAUACUACAGCGUGAACUGGAGCAUGGCGGAGCCGAUGGGCUGGGGCAACAGCACCGGCUGCGACUUCCUGGAGAAGAACUGCAAUGCAACCGAGAAUCUUGCCGGCAAGUAUCCCCACAUGUUCUGCAAUGACUCCGACAAAGAGACGCUCCGCUGCACCUCCGACCGCCGUCACGUUGGGACGUGCACCGCAACCAUCGUUGAAAACGAGGGGAGUCUGGCGGAAAAGGACCUUUGCCCUGUUGUUUCUUCGUACUUUCACGAAAAAUCGUCUGGGAUAAAGUACAGGACGUGCUCGGACGAAAAUGUGGAUUAUCUCCCUGGGUCGCUGACUGGCGGUGACUCGUGGUGCCUGGACGCGGAAUUACUGGAGACGAAGGACGAUAAAAAUAAAAACGUCAAAGGAGUGUGCGCGCAGGUGUUGUGUGGAGAGGGCACAGUGAAGGUGAAGUACCUCGGCAGCAGCGGUUUUCAGCCUUGCCCUGAGGACACUGAAAUCUCAGUGACGUUGAAAGAUUUUAAGAAAGAUGGGAAGAUCAAGUGCCCGAAGUACGUUGAGGUCUGCACCAUUGCCGCCAACGGCAGCAGUCUUGUCAUUCCGAGUGUGUUGGAGGAUGACAAAGGAGAAGAGCAAGAGGAGCAAGUAGAAGUGUCUGUGGCUGCUCCGGCGUUGUCCCCUGCAGAAGAACCUCAUGCAGAAGCGUCUUCCCCAGGUCAACCUCAUGAAGAGGAACCACGUGCAGCAGCGUCUUCUACCGAAGAACCUCAUGCACAAGCGUCCACCGCAGAAGAAUCUCAUGCAGAAGCGUCCAUUGCAGGCAAAACUUCUGAAGCUCCAGUGGUUCAAACGACCUUGCAGCAGCCUCAAAAAGAAAGUAAAGCAGGGCAAAAUGCAACGGUGGGGGAAUCUGCCAACACAGAGCACGUGUUCGUGGGUUGGAACUCCCAUGCCGUUGGAGAAUCAACGGGUGAUGCGUGCACUGUUUGCAGAAGCGGAAUGCUGCUUCUGCUUCUUCUGUUGGGACUAUGGGGGUUUGCAGCUCUGUGA